AUGAAAGACCGCGGAGGUCCAGCAGCGACCAAUCGUGACGGUCUGUAUCGGUCGGUUCACGGUCAGUUCCCGCUGCAAGAUCUAAUGGUAGAGGAAGCCGAAUCGCCGCUGAGUUUCACCGUCUACUCCGGCAAUCGUUGCUUCGUGGUAGCCGCACCCAGUGAGUGGCAACGCGAUCGGUGGUUGGAGGACAUCUCCCGUGCCAUCCUUGCUGCUAAAACCACCCUUCCUUCAGUCUCUGCCCUCACUUCCAAUGCGUCAGCUUUCCUUGGUCUUGAAGCCUCCAUCUCCACUGCUGUUGGCACUGCUGAUAACACCGAGGAUGAAGAGCCCAAAUCUGAACGUUCUGAGGUCACCAACGUAGCAUCUUCCAAUCAAGGUGCUGGAAAAGUUCUUCACAGAGCCACAACCAGCGUUCACGUCUGCUGGCAUCGAAGUUCCACCUUCUCCAUGUCUGAUAUCCUACGAGCCAAUGAGGUUAGUGCCACCCUCCCCUCACUAUUCACUCUCCUUCUCUUCCACUCUCUUUGGCGCUUUUUUAUCUCUUCCUCCCUUUUCUUUUGUCUUCAGUACCAAACCAGUGGCUACCUUCUGCGCAAGUUCAAAAACAGCAACGGAUGGCAGAAAUUGUGGGUGGUGUUCACUCAACUCUGUCUCUUCUUUCACAAGAGCUAUCAGGACACCUUUCCAUUGGCCAGUCUACCCCUCCUAGGCUAUAGUAUUAUUACACCAUCACCGGAGGACAAUAUUCGCAAGGAAUUUGUCUUCAAGUUACAAUUCAAAAAUCAUGUCUACUUCUUCCGUGACGAUAGUCAGACGUCUUUUGAACGAUGGUUUGACUGUCUGAGUAGUGCAGCAGGCACAAAUGCUCGACAACGAUUGGUCAGUUCGCGCCAUCCUGUCACGUCAACUGUUGCCACCGCGAUGACAACGACAACAACAGCAACAACGACAACAUCGAAUGUCUCCGCCCGUGAGGUGGAAACCGCCACGGUGGAGGUGGUGAUUGACGCCUUACAGACAGGACGCGCAUCCCGUCCGGUGGUCUUAGAGUUCUGCAGCACUCGUGUGGGCAUCCCAGCGAGGCAUAGACAUUACCUGAAGUCUACUGCUGUUGUGAGUGGAUGCCUGUGUCUGGCGCACGAGGACCGGAGCCACGACCGCAACCUUGUAGAAUGA